UUUGGUUAAGGUGGCAACCCUGGUCUUGUUUUGGUUUUGUAUAGGCCUGCUGAUCAAUUCAGUUUAAACAUAUGUGCCACUGGGCCAUAAAAGUUUUCAAAGGCUGGUAAAACACUCACUUCGUUGCGAUAAAAAAGUGGGACCUACUUACACUUAUGGGGUAUAUCGCAGCCUAGCAAUGACAACGGAUUACACCUUCAGGAGCAGCAGUGGUUCCAACAGCCCACGUAGUCACAAUGCCGAUUCUCCCCAACUAAUGUCUAAUAAAGGUAUCAAUGUAAGGGAAGCUGCUUCCAAUACCACUUCCGUAGCAGUGUCUCUCCUGGACUCGUCUAUUAAUGCGAACAGAGACAUUCAGGCCACUGAAUGUGACUCUUUCCUCCUCAGCAGUGACGUCGAAGCCCACCCUUUCAACACCCCCACAACCCUGCACCAUUAUCGGAUGCGGGGAUCUUGCUGGGCACGCGCCCAUUCUUUCGUAGUACUAAAAUGGUAUUUGGGACUCCUUUUGCCAGUCUCCAUCAUAGGCGCGCUGCUCUUAAUUGGAUGGUUGACGCGGGAUUACGCUCGACAACUUUUGCUUUGGAUUGAGGAACAGAACAGCUGGAUAAUGUUUACCGUCUUUAUGGGGCUUUUUACAGUUGUUAGUUUUCCGGUAGUAGUUGGCUACUUCGUAUUGCUAAUUACGGCAGGCUACCUAUUUGGUUGUCUUCGCGGUUGGUUGACCGUGACUUUGGGCGCAAAUUUAGGCGUCGCUAUCGCCCAUGCUACAAUUCGUUCGUGUCGUCACCGUAUCCCAGUACAGAGGCUGAUUAAAAAUGAUACGGGACGCGCAAUUCUUCGUGUGAUUUCAGGACAGAAGGCUUUCCGUGUGGUGCUUUUUACAAGACUCACACCCAUUCCGUUUGGGCUGCAGAAUGUUAUAUUCGGAGUUAGUUCAAUCAACUCGAGGGACUACCAUCUAGCCAGCUUGCUUGGCCUGUUGCCAGCCCAGACUAUCAAUGUGUACUUGGGCUCUACUUUGAGAUCUAUGCACGAGGUGCUUAAUGACAACCACACCAAGGUGACGGGAUAUCUUAGCUUUGUCUUUGAAGUCGUUUGUGGCGUUGUACUCAUGUUGUGGGUAGUGCAAAGGGCUCGGAAGGAGCUAUCAGAGUCCCUUUUAAGCGCGGAUUACGACAACGAAAGUAAACACCCGGAACUGCAGGUAUAACAGGAUUCCCGAGGACAGGAUAUUCUCCGAUUAAGCUUCCUGAGGUUCCCCAAUUCGAUGAAUCUCUUGAUCAGUUGCAAAAGACUGUAUUUGUACAUUAGCUAGUUUUAAAAUAUACCAAGUUAGAUACGAGGCCAAACAAUACGUUAUUCUAAGGAGUUAAACUAUUUACAAUAUGUACAUAUAAUGUCCUUCCUUCCAAGGUGCAUUUGUUGGACUAUCCACAACAUUUUAUAUGUAUUCGACUGUUUUUAUCUGCUAAGUUACAUAUUCGAAUCAAAGUUUUAUUAUUAAGGAAUUCUUUUUUGAGGUUGCUAAGAACACUAAUUGCGCGUCAUACACCAAAGUUUGAAUGAAAAAUUGGCUAGCUUGCCUUCUGGCCAUAUCUCCAGCUUCUCGGUCUUUUGUUAAUAUGCUUUAUAAGGGCAGUGCUCAGAACGUCCAGGCUGAAGUCAAUAUUAUCGUUAGUCAAGCAAAGCGGUGGCCUGCAGCUCAGUACCUGAGUGGGGAGUAACGAUGUAUUAUAAAGAGUGUUCCAUUAUUAUUUCGAGUGUUUUGUAUUAUUAUUCGGUUCUAAGACCACUAGAUGCCCAGGGUUAGUUUAAAAUGACCAAGUAAAAUAGUAGUUGAGGAACCGAUGGAUCGAACAUAAUGUCAAUUUUCUAAAAUACCAAAAUAAUACAUAUUAGUUUAAACAAUAGUUUAAAUAGUUAGUUUGAAAAAUUUAUUUUUUUUUGCCAAUUUCAAAUGACAAACAUAUGCCUUUCAUAAUAUUUAAACGAAAAUAAAUAAAAUUGGGCAGAAAUGGUUUACUAUA